AUGGCCGUGAUGCUAGACGACACGGUCAAUUCAAAUGAUGAACGGGGCCGUGCCAUUGUCGAGACACUUGCAGUCGUUGUUGAGUCCAUGAUGCGUGCUAGUGACCGGAUGCCACUGGGUUAUUAUCACAAGACGAAAUUUGAGGCCUUUCGUGCACCAGGCAUCUCUGUACGCGAUUAUCUCAUGCGUAUUCACAAAUACGCUAGUUGUAGCCCUGAGUGCUUUGUGCUUGCACUUGUAUACAUGGAUCGUCUUCACCAAAUGCAGGGUUUUGUGCUUACGGAGCUCAAUGUGCACCGCGUGGUCAUUACGAGUGUCGUGCUGGCUGCCAAAUUCUUUGAUGACCAUUAUUUUAACAAUGCUUACUAUGCUAAAGUAGGGGGUGUACCCUGUCUCGAGAUGAAUGAGCUUGAAGUCGAGUAUCUGCUUCUUAUUAACUUUAGUCUUCACGUGAGCAGUGAGACGUAUGCGCGAUACUACAACGAGCUGGCCAAUCACUACAUGUACACGCGUGUGCGCAGCUCGUCGUUACCACACUCACCCUACUACCAGUUGCGCCAUUUCGUGGCUCCCGAUCCGCAGCUCGAUGGAAAACUCGUGUACGUGACCGAGAGAUACCCGAAGGUGCAGCCACCAGAGGAACAUCGACGCAGCCACCCGCUGCCUUUGCAUCAUCACCACCAGGCACAGCAAAUGACCCCCAUGCAUCACCACCAUCGAACAGUAGAAGACGGUGAGAACGGCGCGGUGCUGACGACUGCAACAGGCUCUACCGCAACAGGGAUCAAUGCUAAUGGCAUCGCCUGCACAAAAUCAAAUCGGGCAUCCGGGCAGAAAAGAAGGAGCGCCGUCGCUCUCGGGGUGAAUGCAUAA